AUGGACAGACGACCGGGACGGGGUCUUCAGCCCUCGACCUACUGGGACAGCAAGUACCGGCAGACGCCGGCGCUGAUCCGCGCGCGUCGGCCCUACCUAUUCAAGAAUGCUGUGACCGGCAUCGCACUCUUCAGUCUUGCUGUCGGUGUCUACAUCUAUACGAUCAAGGCAAUCGGCCAAGACGAGUUCGAAGACGUCAAGGUGCCUGAUGCGCCGGUACAACCCACGACGACGCAGGAGAAGAAAUAA